AGCAGUGAGCUUUACACUAGUGAGCCGUGAGCCCGUGACAAGUUUGUUUCUCUCCCGUAGUCCCGGACUCGAUCGAGAUGGCUGACGAGUACGGCCGCAGCGGCUACGGCAGGUCCGGUGCCGGCGACGACUACGACAACAAGACAAGCAACGAGGGCUACGACCGCCGCGAAGGUGGCUACAACAAGUCUGGCGCCGACGACUACGAGCAGGACCGCAGCAGUGGCCGCGGUGGCUACAACAAGUCCACCGGCGACGACGAGUACAGCGGCGCCGGGUACAAGAAGUCCGGAGGCGACGACUACGACACCGGCUACAACAAGCAGUCCAGCAACGAGGACUACGGCCGCAACAAGUCCGGCAGUGACGACUACGAUCGGAGCGCCGGCGGGUACAAGAAGUCCGGCGGCGACGACGAUGAGUACAGCGGUGGCGGGUACAAGAAGUCGGGUGGCGACGACGAGUACAGCGGCGGCGGGUACAAGAAGACAGGUGGCGACGACGACGAGUACAGCGGUGGCGGGUACAAGAAGUCGGGUGGCGACGACGAGUACAGCGGCGGCGGGUACAAGAAGUCCGGCGGCGACGACACAGAGUACGGGUCGUCCAGGGACGAGACCGAGAAGUACAGGAAGGAGGAGAAGGAGCACAAGCACAAGGAGCACCUCGGCGAGAUAGGCACCCUCGCCUCCGGCGCCUUCGCCAUGUACGAGAAGCACCAGGUGAAGAAGGACCCGGAGAACGCGCACCGGCACAAGAUCGAGGAGGAAGUGGCCGCGGUGGCGGCGGUUGGCAGCGGCGGGUACGCGUUCCACGAGCACCACGAGAAGAAGGAGUACAAGGAGUCGGCGGAGGACGGCGAGGACGAGGAGUCCGGUCGCGGCGAGGGGAAGAAGAAGCACCACUUCUUCGGCUAAGCUAGCCAGCUGCUGCUCAGCUAGCUGCUAGCAACGCAUACGCGCGAGCGUGCGUCCAAUAAGAGCCGGGAAUUUGUGCGUAUAUACGGCUCGUUAUAUAUACGUACUCCCUCCGGUCCUUUUUACUCUGCAUAUUAGGUUUGUCUGGAGUCAAUCUCAUCCAACUUUGACCAAGUUUAUAUAAAAAAUUAUUGACAUUCACAUAACAACACCAAUAUCAUUGAAUUCAUCUCGAAAUAUAUUUUCAUAUUAUAUUUAUUAGAUAUUAUAUAUGCUAAUAAUUUCUAAUAUAAAUUUGGUCAAACUUAGCACAGUUUGACGUUCGGCAAAUCCAAUGUGCAGAGUAAAAAGGACCAGAGGGAGUACGUACGUUUGGUCGGUGUGCGUGUGUGUGUGUGUUUUGCAUGGGUGUGCGUGUGUUGCUGCUGCGUCCUGCGUGCAUGUUGCGUGGAGUAUAUAUGUAUUUAACUUGCUGCGUGUCUACGUAUGUAUUAUUGUACGUAUUUGUUUCUGCAUGGACAUAGUAUUGAGAAUUCAAUCAGUUCAUUUGUUU